GGGCCUUUUGUAGUCCGUUGGGGUCCUUGUAGUCCGGGGGGGUGGGGCCGCCCAAAACUAUUGAGGUAUUUGGAGUACUGACGAUCUACCUGGUGAAUGUAUGGCUUGAAGACGACGACAGGCACGAGGAACAGCUGGACGCUCACAUCCGCGCCCUCUGCGACCACGUGGUGCUGCAGCAGUUCACGGGCUACCUCGACGAGGCACAGGAAAGCAUCGCAGCCGCCGCUGGUGCUGCGAUUCUUCGCGGCCAAGCGAGCCCCCGACCAAACUGUCGUUUCCGCCACAGCCACCAUCAAGCCCGACUGCGACGCCAUGGAGAAGCGCAUGCAGUCCCAGAUUGACGCUGUCAUGGACAGGAUCGCGUUGGACGGGUCCUCCAUCGACGACCACGACAAGCGCCUGGCGGAGUUGGCCAAUCAUAUCCAAUAGAUUCGUCAUGAGAUGGCCCGGGCGGAAAAAUACCCUGCGACGUACCCAACCCAAUGGCAUCAAGUGGCAAGCGGAGUAGGGAAACAUUAGCAGGAACCGUGACAGUGCAGGCGCGGCGAUUUGUAGUGCGACCUACAUGGGAUGCGUAAUGUUGCACGACUCACAG